AUUAAAGUGAAAUGGAUUUCUGGACUUCUUUUAUUCCAGAAAUUAUUGGAUGGCAUUUCUAAUGUCUCAGGCCUUUGGGCAUCUACAUAUAAUAGCACAUAAUUCACAUCCUAAAAAAAUUACUGUAAAUCAUUUAUUAAAUAAUAAAUAAAGCCAUCUUACAUGUGAGCAUAAGCCAAUCUAAAGUGAUACACCUUCCAUCACUGAAAUAAUCAUACAGUGGCUGCCCUGAUACAGAACCAACAUACGAGAACAUCCUUGUAUCUAAAUUGGUAUGUUAGUAAAACUUGAAGAUAUGGUUGAAUAGCUAUUUCAGCAGCAGGGGCAUCUGGGGAGGGCCAGAAGAGUCAAGAUGGUGGCCACAGCCAUGUGAUCAAAGCCCGUCUCCUCUUUAAAUGUACCCUGUGGAUGCCCCUAGUCAGCAGCAUAAAUUAGGGCUAGGAUAUUGAGCUGCUGUCUCAGCUGAGAAACCAAGCAGGCUAAAGUGUGUUUGGUCAUCGGAUAGGAGACUGCCAGGGUAUUCCAGAGCUAGACUGGGAAACCUCUGAAAAACAUCCAGAAGAAGGCAGUGGCAAAUCACUUCUGUUGCCAAGAAAACUGUAUGGAUGUGUCCAUGUAGUCACCAGGAGUAAGCUUAACUCUAGGGAUCUUUUUUUGUUGUUGUUGCUACUGCUGCUGCUGUUAAAUAAUUGGUAGCUAGACUUCUUAGACAAUUUCCUGCAAAUUACCUAGGGAAGUAUUGGCACUGCUUUCUCCAACCCGCUUCCCAAUCCAUUGGAUUGCAACUCCCAGAAUUCCCAGCAGUGUAUUUUGGUGCACCAAAUUAGGGAAUACUAUACGUGGAGAUCCAGGUCUAUAUUCUAACUGAACCUGCCCGAAGAUGCACUUUGUGAGUGUGCUGGCAGAUAGGCUGAUUGUGUUGGUUCUUGGCAGGGGUGGGUCUGUGUUUCUCUUACUCUUUGUAACUGCAAAUUAUCCAGUAGUGCAUUAACAGAUAUAUUUGGCUUUGGUUGCUACCUGCAGUUAUUUCAGACUAAAGCAAAAUGAAUGAGCAUCCAAAGAAAAGGAAAAGGAAGACUCUACACCCUUCACGCUAUUCAGAUUCUUCAGGAAUUCCAAAAUACAUAGAUAACAGUGGCAUAUUUUCUGACCAUUGUUACAGUGUCUGUUCCAUGAAGCAACUAGACACAAAAGUUCCUGAUAACCGAGGUCGAUUUCAUAACACAGUGCCUAGCAUAGAUACUGAUGAGGAUGGCAGCCAGGUGUAUGCUGGGACAUCUCAGUGGAGUGGGAUCCAGUCUAAUGUCCUGGGGACACACUUGGUGGACCCUAAAAAAAAAGAUAAAUCCCCCAGUAACGGAAUUUUUAAAGAUUCGUGUGAAUCACCUAUCUUCAGUGACAGUUUAACAGAAGAGGAGAAACCUUUGGACAUUCAGACUGUAGAAAUUUCCACUACUGAAGUCCAGGCUGUGGAGGUUCAUGACAUUGAAACUCAGACCAUUUCCCCAGAGAAGCUUGAAGCAGAGGAUGCAGAAGAAAUCCCUGUUGGAAGUUGCAAGGUGCUUGAAAAAAAUCCUCCUUUGAAUGUUGUCAUUCCACCCAAAUGGCCCCUGCUCCGGGCAAACAGCAGCGGUUUGUACAAAUGUGAACGAUGCACAUUUAAUAGUAAAUAUUUUUCAGACUUAAAGCAGCAUGUGGUUCUAAAGCAUAAAACAUGCCCUGAGGGCAACAUCUGCCGUGUGUGUAAGGAAAGCUUCUCUUCCAAAAAGGUGCUUAUUGAACACUUGAAAAUUCAUGAGGAAGACCCCUAUGUUUGCAAAUAUUGUGACUACAAAACAGUGAUGUUUGAAAACCUGAGCCAGCAUAUAGCAGAUACACAUUUUAGCGACCAUCUUUACUGGUGUGAGCAAUGUGAUGUUCAGUUCUCUUCCAGUAGUGAGCUGUACCUCCAUUUCCAGGAACACAGCUGUGAUGAACUGUACCUGUGCCAAUUUUGUGAGCAUGAAACAAGCGACCCCGAGGACUUGCACAGCCAUGUGGUGAACGAGCACGCAGGCCGGCUGAUAGAGCUGAGUGACAGCUACAACAGCAGGCAGCAACAGGGCCAGUACAGUCUGGUCAACAAAAUCAGCUUUGACAAGUGCAAGAACUUCUUUGUGUGUCAAGUGUGUGGCUUCCGCAGCAGGCUUCACACCAAUGUCAAUCGCCAUGUGGCGAUAGAGCACACCAAAAUAUUCCCCCAUGUUUGUGAUGACUGUGGGAAAGGCUUCUCAGGCAUGUUGGAAUAUUGCAAACACUUAAAUAGUCACCUGUCUGAAGGCAUUUAUUUGUGUCAAUAUUGUGAAUAUUCGACAGGACAGAUUGGAGACCUCAGAAUUCACUUGGACUUCAGGCAUUCGGCUGAACUGCCUCACAAGUGCACCGAUUGCUUGAUGAGGUUUGGUAAUGAAAGAGACCUUUUGAGUCAUCUUCAAAUACAUGAAACUGCUUGAUUGUUGUUGUAUUUUCUUGUCUAGCCCAGAAUAAUAGCAUUUCAGAGUUUCAUCAGCAUAAAAAGCAGCUGAGUGUUUCAAAGGAUGGUGUAUUUCAUCAAACCUUUAAUGCGUAAUGCAUGU